UCUGCUAAUUACACAGAACAGCUCUGGGGGCUGCUGAAGUCCAGAAUGAAGCAAAGAGCAGCAGAAGCGAGUGCUGCAGUGGGAGUGGAGGAGCCCAAGCAUCACCGAGAGACGGAGCAGGCUGUUAUCCCUGCUGGGAGCAACUGGGAGCACCCRGGGGAUCCUGCAGCCCUGUCUCCCAAAGGAGACAGCUUCUGGCACYGCCACCGAGCCCACUGCCAGCCCCUGGAGAGCCAAGGGGAAGCAGGGCUGGGCUGGAGGGCAGCAAGGUCAGCCCUGCCAUGGUCCCAGGGGGCUAGGAGCCUGUGUGGAUCCAGCGGGAAGGGGUGAAGGAUGACCGCCGAAGGAGGGAGAGCCAAGCCUGCCACCCAGUCCAGGAUGGAGAACUUCCGAAAGGUGAGGACAUCAGAGCAGGAGAUGCCACUGCCCUUCCCAGACCUGCCCCCAGAUGUGGUGGAGAUGAAAGUGAAGGAGGGCAGCAAGAUCAGGAACCUGAUGAACUUCGCCAUGGCCCAGAUGGAGCUGAAGGGCAGGCGGCAGAUCGUGUUCAGCGGCUGUGGCAGGGCAGUCACCAAGACCAUCACCUGCGUGGAGAUCAUGAAGCGCAAGCUGGGAGGGCUCCACCAGGUCACCAAGGUACGCUACAAAACCAUGCUGGAGGUCUGGGAGAACCAGGACCCGCUGCCUGAUGGCCCUACACAGAACCUGACCGUCCACAAGAAUGUCCCUUCCAUCUGCAUCCUGCUCUCCCGAGACCCCCUGGAUCCCAACCAGACGGGCUACCAGCCCCCAGAGCCCCGGCACGAGGCGGGAGAAGACACAUCGGGAUCCUCUGCCAAGGGGCUGAAGCGGCCCUUGCCACCUCCCAGCGAGGAGCUGCUGCCCAAGAAGCUGCAGGUACAGGUGUCCGACAGCCCCAGGGGCUCGGGGACCACCGCUGGCCAGCUGGACCCCUGACCCCACCGCCUCCCACCCCACCAGCCAGGUAUCAAGGCAGGAAUAUACACCCAUUCUGGGGUCACUGGUGUCCUGCAGGCUCCCCCUGACCUGUCCCUACUUGCUGCUCCUUGACCCCUGUGGAUGGGUGGUCCCCAGAUUUGGGGUGGGGGUUAAAGGGUUAAACCCACCAACUCUUGGUUAUGGAUUUAGGCAGGUGAAGAUGUGGGUGGGGGGAGCUGGUGAUCUCUAAUUCAGCCACCCAGGGACACUGUGACCACCAGCCACAUCCUGCAGUGACUCCUACAGAGCCAGAGCAGCCGAGGGGUGCCCAGACCACCACCAUGGCUCCCCACUGCAAUGUCUCAUCUAUCAGGAGAGAUGGGUUUGCCCUCACUGCAACGUCUCAUCCAUCAGGAGAGAUGGGUUUGCCCCAAGCUUGUUGGAAUGAAACCUUCAUUAUCUAACUCGCUGCUGAGGAGCUGUCAAGGUUAUUAAUGCCGGGCUCGGCAUCCCGCGGGGCCGUGAUUCAUCCCAAAAAAACCACCCAAACAAGCACAGGGGGUGCUCCCUCCCUGCACCCACGGAGCCAAGCACUGCACUGUGCUGCCUGCCUGUGGGACAGCGCAAGGAAAUAAAACAACCCGCAUCGGAUACUCUGGUCUGGAGUCGGGGAAAGCGUGGUGUGGGAAGCUGGGGGUAAUGGGAGCACAGGGUGGGUGGUUAUUGUGACUAGAUGAGGAGGUUUUGGGGUUGUGCCUUGGCUACAGAGCCUUUUGGAGCAAAAUCCCUGCUUCUCCAGGGGGUAAAGGGAAAUGAAUGGAAAAUAAAAGCUCUUUAGAAAUUGUUGAGAUAUGUCUGUGGGAAAAUGGGGGAUCAUCUCGGC